CAAGCAUCAUCUCUCAUGGACAACUAAAGUGAUAAAAACUCACCUUCCUCAUUUCUAACGUUUCUUGCUUAAAUGGGUAUUCCAUGAAAGUGAUUAACACUCCCGUGUAUACCUAAAUUAUGAGUGGGUUUCUCUCUUCAUGAGAUGCUCGUUUAAGCAAGCAAUCUUAGUGAGAGGAACUGGAACGAUUUAAUAUGGUUUAUGAGUUUUGUCUUUUGUUAUAAAAAGGAAACUUGGAUUUCAUUUUCGUGCACAUCAAUCUAAUGCGUUCAAGUUUAUGGUCUACCUUUUGUAUGCUUUAUGGAUGCAUUUACACUUCAUUUUACGUGUCGUAUGAUUCAAGCCUUCCUUUAUAUACCAUGCACGUCUUGUCGAUUACUUUUCCCACCACGAUCGCACCAAAAACUUAUACAGUUGACAUCAAUACAACAUUAGGGCAUAACACGUACUCUUUCUUCUUCCCUAAUUUAGACGCUUCUGUGAUCUGUCGUCAAGUUUUUUUUUUCUGUCGUCUUUAAUUAAAUUUUAACUGCCACAAGGAAAAAAUUUGUUUUGUUUUGUUGGGUUUAAUGAAUAAAAGUUUGUACCUUUAUUUGUCUGGGGUUACUCUGUUUUGAUUCCUUAGGGUUUUAAAAAUUCGACUUCUGUUGCUUGAGAAAAUGGGUGAUUGGGCUCAGCUUGCUCAGUCUGUGAUCUUAGGUUUAAUCGUUUCUUACCUCUUGGCCAAGCUCAUCUCCAUCCUCUUCACCAUUAAAGAAGACAAUCACGAACCGGAAUUGGAGAUUAAACCGGAGGUUGACUCGAGCCAGCGCGUCGAGUCUUCUAUCGUCGGUGGUGAGGCGGAUUCGCUAGUGGCUGAGCAGGGUAGCUCAAGAGGCGGUGAAGACGAAGACUGGGAAGGCGUAGAGAGCACGGCACUCGACGAGGCUUUCAGCGCCGCUACUCUUUUUGUGACUAGAGCAGCAGCAGCAGAAUCGAGAAAGGUGCCUAGUGAUGUCCAGAAGCAGCUUUACGGGUUGUACAAGAUCGCUACGGAAGGGCCUUGUACUGCUCCUCAGCCUUCUGCUCUCAGACUUACUGCUCGUGCCAAGUGGCAAGCAUGGAGGAAACUGGGGGCUAUGCCCCCUGAGGAAGCGAUGGAGAAGUAUAUUGAGAUCGUCACUCAGCUUUAUCCAACUUGGUUAGACGGUGGUGUGAAAGCUGGAAGUCGAAAUGAUGCAGUCUCAAGCUCAGGAGGAACCAUGGGGCCAGUUUUCAGCUCUUUGGUUUAUGAAGAGGAAUCCCAAAAUGAGUUGAAGAUUGAUGCUAUCCAUGCGUUUGCUAGAGAGGGAGAAGUCGAGAAUCUGCUUAAAAGCAUUAAAAGCGGCAUUCCAGUAAAUGCAAGGAGAAGUCGAGAGAGCUCAUGCUUAAAAUGUUUAAUCUUGAUUAGAACUAGUUAGUCUCAGGUAUUAGUGUUAUUCACUUUAUGCAUUUACGUGGUUUAAGAGGCAGCAUUUUCUGAGUCGUAGGAAAUGUUUGUUUCACUGGGUAGAAUUACAUCAAAGUAGAAGUUCGGAUAGCGUAAAAUCCAUCUAUGAUACUAGAUCACUUUGUAUGCAAGUGCGGUUGAAUCCCUUGAAAAUCGUGUACAAUUCCUUUGGAUAAUAUGAAACUAGAUGAUAAUCCGCGCCCUGCGCGGUAUGAGGUUUCUCAAAAAUGUUGUAUCUAAAUAUUAUAAAUAACACAUAUUUUAU